UCGUCCUGCGACCUCAACGCUCAAAGAAUACCUUCAUCCGCUUUGCAAUUCUCUUUCAUGCGACCUUUUGGUUUCUCAGCGAUAUUUUCUCUCACCAGAAACUCAUCACGAGAUUGGUCACAGGAAGAGAUUCAAGCGUCUCGUGAUGUUCUAUUCGGCCGGCGGCGGCAAGGUGGUGCCCUACCCUGCGCUCGCAAAUGUGUAGAAUCAGUACCUCCGAUACCAUAUCUCAAAAUUCCAGGGUAGGGAUCCAUGGCGCUCACCUUGGUAUGGAGGUACUUAUAUAAAUAUGGCGGACACGCACUUUCGAACUUCCUCAGUACCCUGAUUUCCUUGAUCUCUUUAUUCUGUUAAUUUCCCAACAUGACCUCUCUUCCUGGAACACGUCGUAGCUUCUCAUCUGAAGAUGAAAACCGACAGAAACAUCAAGAGGAUAUCCUUGUUUCGGAGUAUGAUGAACAAAUCCGCAAUGCGGCUCCGAUGUUGCAGGGACGUCGGCUCACUGCAGCCCUCGCUUUUGUUGCAGGGACUGGUUUCACACUCUUCGGGUAUGACCAGGGUGUUAUGUCUGCAUUACUCUCCGCGAAGCAAUUUACUCGAGUCUUCCCGCAAGUGAUCAUAGACGGUGACCAUCCAAACCACGCAACUCUGCAGAGCUUUGUUGUUGCCAUCUAUGAAAUUGGGUGUUUAGUCGGCGCUCUGUCAAAUCUAUGGAUUGGUGAUCGACUCGGUCGUCGGAAAACGAUCGUCUUGGGCGGUGUCAUAAUGAUCAUCGGUGCUAUUCUUCAGGCCACAUCAUUUGGUUAUGCUCAAAUGGUAGUAGCUCGUAUCAUCACUGGAUUGGGAAACGGUCUCAACACGUCCACAGUUCCAUCAUAUCACGCGGAAUGUUCGCCGGCAUCGAAAAGAGGAAGUUUCAUCAUGAUUGAAGGGAGUCUCAUCACGUUUGGCAUCAUGAUUUCAUACUGGAUAGACUUUGCUUGCUUCUGGGCAUCUGGAUCAUCCGCGCAAGGGCGCGUCCCCAUCGCUUUGCAAAUUAUUUUCGCUAUUAUAAUGAUAGCAGGAAUAACGUUUCUCCCCGAGUCUCCUAGAUGGCUUGCGAAGGAAGGUAGGAAUAUUGAAGCUUUAGCGGUAAUUGCCGCUUUGGAAGGCAAACCGCAUGACGACCCCUCUGUUCGCCAGACGUACCUUGGUAUUCGUGAGGCCGUUGCCGUCGAAUCACACUCAGGGAGUGAACGCUCUCCUUUGCGAGAGAUUUUCUCCGGCGGUCGAUCACAGAACUUCCGGCGUGCUUUUCUUGGCGUUGUCAAUCAAUGCUUCCAACAGAUAACUGGCAUAAAUUUGAUAACAUACUAUGCAACGUUGCUCUUCGAACGGCUGGGAAUCGACGAUGUCAAGGCGCGAAUUAUUGCAGCAUGCAAUGGGACAGAAUAUUUCCUUGCAAGUAUUAUCGCUAUCUUCUUAAUUGACCGUGUCGGUCGUCGCAAGCUCAUGUUGUUCGGCGCUAUCGGACAAUGCCUUACCAUGAUCCUACUCGCGAUUCUUGGAAGCAUCGAUACCUCGGCCACUCAAAUUGUGUCGGCUGUCCUGCUGUUUGUCUUUAAUUCCUUCUUCGCCGUGGGAUGGCUAGGCAUGACUUGGCUAUACCCCGCAGAGAUCGUCGGUCUUCGUAUAAGGGCUCCCGCAAACGCAUUCAGCACCGCCUCAAACUGGAUAUUCAACUUCAUGGUCGUAAUGGUAACUGGUCCGUCGUUCAACAACAUCAGCUGGGGCACAUACAUUGUAUUUGCGGCGUUGAAUGCCUUCAUCAUUCCGGUCGUAUACUUCUUCUUCCCCGAGACGUCCGGGCGUUCGCUGGAAGAUAUGGACGUUGUUUUCGCUUUGGCGUACAAUGAAGGUGUAUCACCCGUCAAAGUAUCCUUGCGCAAGGACGUACCUCUAGCAGGUACCCCCGAAGCUGACGAAAUCUUGGGCCUCGAUCUCUCACGCCGUGAGGGUAAUUCUCCCGGGGAAUUAAAGAAUGACGAUGGUCACAGAAAUGACAAACAAUGAUUACACAGGCUAGUGUAGCAUUUAUCUAGGAAAAUAUCACGUAAAGCGUCAUUCCAAUGGACGAAAAAUCGCAUCUAACUGAAAAUU